AUCCACACCACACCAAAUCAAAUUGUCUAUUUCUUCUCUUUCUCGCUCGCGUCUCCUUCUCUUCCAAACACCCUAACUCUCAAGAUUUGCCAUGAAAAGGUGCUAGAUCGAAGGCUGAUUCGAAGGAAACUGACAGCAAGCGAGCUUUGCUUUGUUGUUGAAAAGCAACAAUGCAGCGGUUGGAAAAAAAACUAAGAAGGCUGUGAAGGAUCCAAACGAGCCGAAGAGGCCUGCCAGUGCUUUCUUCGUCUUCAUGAGACUAGUCAUCAAUAAUUUGUUUUUGGGGACUCUGUUUUACAUGAUGAAAACAGAGUAAAACAGAGAGGACUUAUGGAAACAGCAUACGAAGACCGGAUGGAAACUUCAAGGCUUUUCUGACAUUGAAACCGAAUGUUCUGAUCCCUCAGUUGAUGGGCAAGCAUACAUGCACCAUGUAUAACGGAUGUUCUUUCACCACUAACCUUCAAGACGAAGCUCAUUGGGGCUUCCUCUUUAAACACUCUUCAAGACGAAGAAAGCAUAUGUGCACCAUGUAUAACGGAUGUGCUUGCCCAUCAGCAUACGAAGAGUAUAACAUUGCACUAUUUUCAUUUGCACACAAUCUUAUAUGCUUGGUUUGGAAUUUGAUAGGCUGCUUGCAGCUAUAUGUAAUCUAGCACAAGAUGAUCAAUCCAUCAUCCGUUUAUCCAUUGGUGAUAGAAAAUUGCGUCGUUAUUCAAUCGGGUUUCCCACUUUUCUUACUAAUUUUUCUUUGAUUUAUUUUAAUUUUGUUAUACUCUUCAAAUUUCAUAUUGUUAAUUGUUCUUUGUUUGAGAGUUGGUCGAUUGGAGUUCUGCUUUGUGCUGAUUUUUUAUACAAAUUAAUAAAAAUUGUAAUUAUUG